UCAUCUUUCUACUUUGAACUCCCUCUCUAUAUAUUACUUUUUCCGCCACAACAAUAAGAGGGUUUUAGUUUUUUUGAAGCACCGAAAAGAGAAAAACACGAAACCCUCCCAUUUCAAAAAAGCAAUGGUGGAAGAGAAAGACAGUCAGAAUCCCACAUCGGAAUCAGAGGCCUCAGUCACAAUGAAAGGGGACGAAACCCUAGCCCCAAAUGCCGACACCUCCAACGACGCCACCAUAGAGUCCAACGCUCAGGGAGGCACCGAGUCCACUUGCAACAACAACAUCAACAACGGAGCCGAGACUUCGGCCCUCUCUUCCUCCGACGAGAAGUCCUUGGAGUUUUCCGACGACUUGAUGGAUAGGGGCUCCAAGGCUCUCAAGGACAACGAUUUCGACGAGGCCGCCGAGUGCUUCAGCCGUGCCCUAGAAAUCAGGGUUGCCCAUUAUGGUGAACUUGCUCCCGAAUGUGUCCGUGCAUACUACAAAUAUGGAUGUACUUUGCUGUACAAGGCUCAAGAUGAGGCUGAUCCAUUGGGUGCUGUACCCAAAAAGGAGGGUGAUUCUCAACAAAACUCUACUAAAGAUGGCUCUGUUAAGAAUACUUUAAAGGGGGAAUCAUCAACUGCUUCUGUUGCAAGUAAUGCUGAACAGAGUGCUAGUACGACUAAUCAGGAAGGAGCAGUAGAUGAUGUUUCCAGUGGAAAAGACCAAGAAGAUGAUGAUGGGGAUAGUGAAGUUGAGGAUCUGGCUGAAGCUGAUGAGGAUGAGUCUGACCUUGAUUUGGCAUGGAAAAUGCUAGAUAUUGCAAGAGCAAUUGUUGAAAAACAGGCAGAUGACACAAUAGAAAAAGUGGACAUAUUAUCAGCACUGGCAGAAGUUGCUCUGGAAAGAGAGGACAUUGAAACUUCACUCAGUGACUACCAGAAAGCACUAUCUAUCUUAGAACGGCUGGUUGAACCGGACAGUAGACAGAUAGCUGAACUAAAUUUCCGGAUAUGUUUGUGUCUGGAGAUUGGUUCCAAACCUGAGGAGGCCACUCCUUAUUGCCAGAAGGCUGUGUCAGUUUGCAAGUCUCGGGUGCAGCGACUCACAAAUGAAGUAAAGAGUGUUUCAGAAUCAUUAACUUCAUCUACUGCUUCUGAGCUAGAUCAGGGUGUAAACACCAAUGUUUCUGAGUCUGAUAAUUCUGUGACAGAAAAAGGAGCAGAGAUUGAAACACUCAUUGGCCUCUGUGGUGAGCUAGAGAAGAAGCUUGAAGAUCUUCAACAAGUGGCCCUAAAUCCGAAGUCAAUCCUUUCCGAAAUCCUGGGGAUGGCAGCUCUUAAGUCAAGAGUCAGUGAAAAGAGUGCAUCUCCAGCAGUGAUGAACUCCUCACAGAUGGGUACUGCAAACAGCAAUGGAGGUUUUGACUCCCCAACUGUUUCUACUGCGCACACAAAUGGGUCUUCCGGAGUCACACAUCUAGGCGUGGUAGGAAGAGGAGUCAAGCGAGUGUUGACGAGCUCAGGCUCUGACGAAUCAAGUCAAACAAAGAAACCAGCAUUGGAUUCAUCAGAAAAUAAAGGUGAUGGCAAAACCUUGUGAAGUAUCUGCAUCCUGGUGUUCGGUGUUCUAUGUUUAGGUGACUGCAAAUUGUUUAAACUUUUACUCUAGAUAAAAUGUUUCCAUUCGCCAGACAAAAUAUUGUUGUCUUUCAGCCCCCGAACUGCAUUGACCAUAGUUGGCUGUGCGGUAUGAGGGUACUAUGCUUUUUUGUAAGGUAGGAUUCCUAUUUGACCUUCCUUUGUAAUAUGGUGUUAAGAACAUUACUCUAAUCUUAUCUUGAUGUAGAAGUGUGGGCAAUUUAUUUCCUUUAA